CUACAACCAAAAUUAUGACGGGGCGCGAAUCACAUCGGAUCAAGGAUGCGGAGAAGAAACGGGUCCUAGAUGAAGCGGCACGGCUACGACGUGCACGAAAAGCCCUGGAAGCUCUCGAGCGGGAUAACUUUCAAGAUGAUCCGCAUGCUGAUUUGGUUAUGUCUAAAAAACUACCCAAAUUCCAGGAUAGCAUAAAGAAUGCCAAGGAAAAGAAGGGCAAACGAAAAGGAGCCGAAUACUUUCGAGCAAAAUAUCGCAAGAAUUUUCAACAACUGCUCGAGGAGGACAAACAAAGGCCCAAUUACGAGAGCGCAGCUGCGCCGCCGCCUCAAAAGCCAGUUCGUCAUUUUUGUGCUGUCUGUGGAAACUUUUCUCAAUAUUCGUGCACGGCAUGUGGAACGCGUUAUUGUCGAGUUCGCUGCCUGCGUACUCAUCAGGAUACCCGGUGUCUAAAGUGGACCGCGUGAAUUUGGUUGUUAAGCUACUAAUACCCCUAAACAAAAUGUAAUUUAGCUUUAGUAUUCAUGCAAUAAAAAAAAAAACA